UUCAUUUUUUCCCUCUUCCUCUGCCUUCUUCCAUCUUUCCCUGUUCGAUCACACUCUCAAUACCAACCCCAGAACUCCAGAACCAACGUAGAUCCGAACAACUCCACAGGUCCAGAACCCUAGAUUUUUCCACUUCCGCUUCUCCAUUGAGACCGAAAAGCUUCAGAACUUCACUCUCACCUGCAGUCCCAGUCUCUGUUCUCUCUCUCCAAACUCGUUCGAUGCAGAAACCGAGAUUCCGACGCUGUUUUCACCCUCCGAUCUGAUCCAAACUAUCAAAGGCAGAAAAUACCGAUUUUUUACUUUAUUUUUUUACCUUUAACUUAAAAUGGGGGCUGUAACGUCAUCAAUGGCGGCAAAGUUCGCUUUUUUCCCUCCGAAUCCGCCAUCGUAUAAGCUCGUCGUCGGCGAACAUACCGGAAAAUUGUUAAUAUCGGACGUUCCGCACAGAGAAAACGUUGAUGUACUAAAGCUCUGUACGAAGAGAGGAAAUGAGAUAGUUGCGAUGUAUGUCAAGAAUCCGUCGGCGUCGCUGACUGUGCUGUACUCUCAUGGCAACGCUGCUGAUUUGGGGCAGAUGUAUGAGCUCUUCACGGAGCUUAGUCUUCAUCUAUGCGUAAACUUGAUGGGGUACGAUUAUUCUGGGUAUGGACAGUCUUCUGGGAAGCCGAGCGAGCAAAACACAUAUGCGGACAUAGAGACAGUUUAUAGAUGUCUUGAGGAGAUUUAUGGAGCCAAGGAGGAAGACGUUAUCUUGUACGGUCAGUCAGUUGGUAGUGGCCCUACUUUGGAUUUGGCGACCCGUUUGCCUCGACUGAGAGCUGUGGUUCUCCACAGUGCAAUCAUGUCUGGCCUGCGAGUCAUGUAUCCAGUAAAACGAACAUACUGGUUUGACAUUUAUAAGAACGUUGAUAAAAUUCCAUUGGUUACUUGCCCAGUUCUCAUAAUUCAUGGAACUGCAGAUGAAGUUGUAGACUGUUCCCAUGGUAAGCAGCUUUGGGAACUCUGUAAAGAAAAGUAUGAGCCGCUAUGGCUUAAGGGAGGGAACCACUGUAACUUGGAACUCUACCCAGAAUAUCUAAAGCAUCUCAAGAAGUUUAUAUCAGCUAUUGAGAAAUUGCCAAAUCCCAGCAGUGGAUGCCAACAGAGUACAGAUCAGCCAGAGCCUCCUCGAAAUAGUACAGACCAGAGAGAGAAGUCCAGGCCCAGUAUUGAUCAGAGAGAGAAAUCUAGGCCAAGCACAGAUCGGAGGGAGAAGUCAAGAGCCAGCACAGAUAGGAGAGAAAAAUCAAGAAAAAGCACCGAUCGCCCUGAGAAGGCAAGAAGUAGCACAGACCAGCCAGAGAGAGCAAGGAACAGCAUUGAUCGCUUCGGAGAUAUGAUGAGAUCGGUCGGAUUGUGCAAUAUCGAUUGUUUCAAGCCUACAGCAUCUGGGAUCUGAGGAAUUGAAGUGGAUUGAUAUUACAUACAAGAUCCUGCUUAUACUUGGAGGGGCUCCCAACUCUUUAACAUCAUAUUGAUAAGUUUUCUAGUACAGGAGUACUUGAAGAAGGAAACAGAACUCCAACAGACUUGAUGAUAAUGGGCUUUUAAGGCCCAUGAAUUAUAGUAUGCCUAUAUCUAUUACUGUCCCAACAAUAGUUGCUUGUUAUGUGAAUUAAGCACUCAUUCAACCAAAUGUGGCGUGGGUAAAUGAUAGAGCCACAAAUUCAAAAUUAAAUCUGAUUUGCAACUUCAUCAUUAUAAAUCUAAAAGCCAUGGCA